CGACACGCGCUACGGCAGGGGAAUAUUCUCCGCGACGGCGUACUACUAUUUUUUUUACACGAAUUCUGUUUGUUGUCUGGGAGACCGAGAUCCCCAUUGCUGCUGCUGUAGCUUUGUGUGGUUUACUCACUCCAGAUCACUAGUGCCUGCACGAGCUGCGUUCUUCUUUCUUCCGGAUCUCCAGAAGUCAGUUUCUUUUGCAGAAGCAGAACAUUAUUUUGGUCAGUACCGCACAGUGAUCCCCGAGGUGCGCGAUGGAAAUUCUGAUCUAUGUCUUAUUUGUUGUGCUUCUUGGAUUAGGAGCCCUGUUUGUUAUCCCACGGUCUAACAGCAAAGGUAAAGGAGAUGCAGCGCAUCUAGCAGGCAGUGGAAAGACAUCUAGAAGCUAUACAAAGAAAGAGGUAUCCACUCAUAACACAAGGAAGGAUUGUUGGAUAAUAAUCAAAGAUAAGGUUUACGAUGUCACUGCAUACGUGGAGGAGCACCCAGGUGGUGAUGACAUCCUAAACAAUGCUGGAUGUGAUUCAACAGAGGGAUUUUUUGGCCCACAACAUGGCACGAGAGUAUUCGAAAUCAUCGAAGAUUUCUGCACCGGCAGAUUGAAGGACUGACGAUAAAGAGGAUAUAGCUGUCGAUGCAUCAAAUGUGAACCCAUGCGCUCUUCCAGUUGCUUCUUCCUGGACGACAAUGACAGGGAGUGCAACAGUUUCCCAGUAGUCUAGUGAUGAGGACUACUCCCAGCUUUGUGGUUCUGAUUUCAUAUUGACCUGGUGCUUUUACCAGUAACAGAGUGUUUAAAGCAGGGGCCUUCGACGUGUUCUGGACGUUUUGUUAGCUUUAUCGCUUUGAGAAGAUAUGUUUUCUUGGAUCUUUGGAACAUUCUCAGACCGGACGACUUACUUUACUAACCUUCAUAUUGAUGUGUUAGCAUGACAGUGAAAGGCAUUUGCUCGGUCCAA